AUGAAAGUAGAACUAUUUUUAAUCACUUUCAUUAAGAUUUAUUCAUAAUUAGUUGUUUAUGAAGAGAAUCCAUCAAGCAUUCAAAAUAGUAAAAUUGUACAAAAUUUAGGUUGGAUGAGCAAUAAUGAUACCCUUUAUAUUGAUAACACAUAUGGUGUUGAGACUGUUAAGGUUAAGACAUGCUUAAAAGAUAAGGCAAAAAUUUCAAAGAGAUUUACUCUACCUUUGCAUAGUUAAGUUAAUAUUGAAAUUGUUGCAUAAUUUGGUGAAUGUGUGUCUUAGCUUAAUUUAUAAUUAGAUGAUUCUAUACAAGACAUUCCAAUAGUAUCAAGUACAAGGGUCAACUCUUUAAACUUUUAGUUUAUACACAAUAAUCCAGCUACUUUUAUUUCUAUAUGGAUUAAUUAAAAUAAUUCAACGAGUUGUUCAACAAGUAACUAAUUUGAGUGGGGAGUAAACUUAAUUAAAAUUUCUGUUUUUGAUUGCGAUAAUAAAUAUCAUUAUUGUGACAAUUCGUAUAUAUAAUUACCCUGGAAAAUAGUCUACUAAUCUAAUGAUUUCAUCAAUUAAAGUAUGAGUAACCAGAAUAUUUUCUACUCUUACUCUUAAAUUUGUUUAAGUAAAUUAAUUUAAUAAUUUAGGUGGGUUAAUUUUCCCUUUUUAUUCAUCAUAUUAAAAUUUAAGUCUAUAAAUGGAUAUUUCAUCCUAAAUUUUACAUAAAAAUGGCAAAACUAAAGUUUAGUUCAAACUUGUCUUAUCUAGACUUAAUUUUAAAACAAUCUCAAUAUUUUUAAAUAGUGAUUAAAUUAAAGUAGAUAUAGAUAAAUAUUAUUAAUAUUGGUGUUGUCUCCAGUAUUAUGAUAUUUAUGAUUAAUCUAAAUAUCACUAUAUUUAUAAUAUUGAAAUAGAUACAUAUGUGAUGAAUUCAUUAAUACUAAAUAUCUAAAUAUAAGGAAAUUAUUAGGUUUAUCUGAGUAUUAUAGAUUUUAUAAUUUAUUAACUUGAAAAAAAUGUUGAUGAAUUAAACUUAAGUCCUGGAUGUUCAAAUGUUAUAGAUGGUUUAUGUUAUAAUUGUAUUGAAGGAUGGAAUUAUUAAGAUCAAAUUAAAUAGUGUCUACCGAUUUGUGGAGAUAAAAUAAUUUAAGGAAAUGAAGAAUGUGAUGAUGGGAACUUGAUUCCUAAUGAUGGUUGCUAUAAUUGUAAAUAUUCAUGUGUCAAAAAUUGUUUUAUAUGUGAAUUUGGCAAAUGUAUUUAAUGUUUAAUUGGUUACAAGCUGAAAUCUUAACAUUGUUAACCUAUUUGUGGAGAUGGUUUGACUCUAGAUAGUGAAUAGUGUGAUGAUGGUAAUAAUGAUAAAUUUGAUGGUUGUUAUAAAUGCGAGUAUAGUUGCCAAAUAGAAUGUAAAUUAUGUGUAAAUUAAUAAUGCUUUUAAUGUUUAGAUGGAUGGUAAUUAAUAAAAAAUAAGUGUUAAUAAGUUUGUAAUGAUAAUCAGUUAGCAAUAAUUUCUAUUGAGUAAUGUGAUAAUGUUGAUGAUAUUUAUUGUAAUGAAUGUGCAUAAUUAUGCUAAGAUAAUUGUAUAUUAUGUCUCACAUUUAAUCAAUGUUAAAUUUGCAGACAUCCAUUUUAAUUAGUUAACGAAAUAUGUACAUCUAUUUGUGGAGAUUAAAUUGUGACAAAUGACGAAUAAUGUGAUGAUGGAAAUGAUAUUUAAUUUGAUGGCUGUUAUGAAUGUUAAUUAUAAUGCUCAUUUGGUUGUAAAUCAUGUUAGAAUAAUAAUAUUUGUACAAAAUGUGAUCCUUAAUUUACUAAAUUAAAUAAUAGCACUAUGAAAUGUGAAUAAAUAGAAAAUGAGAUAUUAACAAUAUAAGAAGAAAUUAUAGAGGAUAGUAAUAAUUAAUGUGGAAAUGGUCUGUUUAAUAGUCUUUAUGAAGAUUGUGAUGAUGGCAAUAUUUCGGGAGGAGAUGGAUGUUCUGCACACUGUAAUAUUGAAGCUUCAUUUAUUUGUAUAAGUUUGGAAGGCUUAUUAAGUAUUUGCACUUAUAUAGAAACACCAAAAUUUAAAUUAUAAUAACUCUCUAAUAAAAAUAGUUAAUAAUAAAUUAUAGAACUUGAUUUUACUUAAAAAGUGAAAUAGAAUAUUGAAAUUCCUUUUGAGAAUAUAACUAUUUUCACAGUUUCACCUCCUACUAAAUAUGACAUUAAUAUCAUACCUCUAGUCAAAUGUUCAACAGAAUUUAAUCAAUCAAAAUAUUUAAUAACUAUAUUUUUUAAAGAUCCUGUUUCAAAUCCUGUCCUAAAAGUUGAAAUAGAGAAAUCAAUUAUUAUUAAUGAAUUAAAUUAAGGUUUAACAGAAUUUAAAUAAGAAAUCAACUUAGGAUAACCAUUUGUGAUAUCUGAAGCAACCUAAUAAACGGUCACUAAAAUUGUAGCUAUGAAUGAUGCAAUUAUCUACUCAAUGAUUUCUAUUUCAGGAUUAGUUUUAUUGACUGGAAACACUAUAAUGUUUUUAAAUUUAUUAGAUUUAUUGCAAUCUUUAUCUUAUCUUAGAUAUUUGCAAUAUUAAUUUCCAUACCAUUUGAAAUACUUCUUGGACACUUAUACUAAAAUAUCAUUAAAACCAAUAUUAGAUUUUUUAUAAAUUGAUGUUUUCUUAUCAACACUAAAUGGUGGUACAUUACCUUUUUAAAAAAAAGUGUAGAAAUAAAAUAUAUAAAAUGAAUUGAAUACAUAUUUCUUAAAGAAUUCCAAAAGUUGUUAUCUUUCUAUUUUGAUAUCUCUUGUUUCAUACUCCAUGUUUUGUUUGAUCACUAGUUCUAAAAUGGUUAAUUGGAUUAAAAAAUUAGAAGAAAGACUUUGGAAAAAUAGUAAAUAUUUAAACAUUUGUAGCUUAAUCUAAAAGAAUAUUAUUCGAAAAUGCCUAAGAUUAAAAAUUCAAUAUUUCUAAUAAGGGAUAUUUUAAAUGUAUUAUUCUAUUCUUCAUUAAUUGUCAUUUAGUGCUCUACUAUAAUUUCCUGAUUAUACUUUUAAUUCAGCUUUUGAUACUUUUAAUAGUAUUAAUGCUAUCACUGUUCUAUUAUUUAUUUUACUCUCAACAAUCUAAUUGUUAUCAAUUACUGCCACUAAAAUUAAUGAUAAAAGAAAAUGGAAAUAUUUCUACACUGAUGUUAUUGAUAGAUUUUGGGCAAAAAAUUAUAAAUCAUUUUAAAUAUAUAGAGUAAUAUUGUAUAUAUUUAUUAUUGUUGCCUUUAUUGAUUUCCCAGAAUUAUAAUCAAUAUUACUCUCUAUGUUAUCAAUAAUUUAUUUGAUAUACUUAAUUUCUAAUAAACCUGUAAGAUCUAAAUGUGAUUUGAUUAAACUAAUAUUGAAGGAAACAUUCCUAAUGAUUAUUACUGGAUCAUUUCUUAUAUAUAGUUUGUAACUAACCAAUGACCAACUUCUAUUAUUUGGAUGGAUGCAUAUUGCUUUAUUUUCUUCAAUGUUAGCUUCUAGCUUAAUAGUUGAUAUGAUAAAUCAUUUCAUCAAAGCUUAUGAACAUUACUAAAGGCUAAAAUAAUAAAAAGAAAUUAAAUAAAUAUAAAGUUAUUUUAACAAUCGCUUAUAGCAAUUUAUUUUACAUGAUCCUGAAAAACAACAGAUUAAUUGA